AUCCCAGUUUGCGCUGCAACUUCUCAAGCCAAGGGAGAGAUGGGAUAGAAAAAUGGGGGAUCGUUCGCAGGAAAGUUGAGAAUGGGGUUGGAUUGUGCUAAAUCGAGUUGUUUUAAACCUCAAAAUUUACUGUAAUUGGAUAAAAAUAAGUUACAGCGCAUUUAGUGUUGUCUGGUCGGUUAGCCAGAUGGUAGUUUCGUGCAUAAGGUAACGUGAUACGACAGAAAAGAGGCCUGCAGUGACCGAUGAGAAGUUGUUGACGUGCUAGCGUAGGUUAGCUUGUCUUCGCCAGCUACAGCGCCGUUUCUGUUUUUAGUUCGUCUACCUCGCUAGCCUAUCUUUGCUAACAGCUGUCGUUGCUUUGGACUCUGAAACGAUCAGAUCUAGCUGGCUACCUCUCGCCAUGAUGCCAAUCGUUUGGUUGCUUUCCUAAGAUAAAGGAACGUAGCUAGCUGUGUUUACCAGCCUUUUAGCUAGCUAGCUAAAGUUAGCUAGUCACACACAACCAAACGGUGCUCUUGUGAAUUAGGCCACAAACCACAUUCGUAGCACAACAGGGAUGUUUAUAUACGUCUUAUAUUUUGACGAGACAUUUUCUUGAGCCCUGAACUGGAUGGCUGCAAAGUCCUUUUCGUUAGCUAGGUUACCGAACCCAAACCGGCUGGCAGCCAUGUUCAAGUUUGUCAGCAAAAAACUGAUCUUUAUCAAGCUACUCAGGUCUUUGAAUUUCUUUAUUUGUUUUUUCCUGGUGAACAUCGUAUAUGAUACUUUAUCUAAACUGUUAAAGAAGCUCAUGUGACAGAAUAUUAGAUUUACAGUGCGCCAUAACCAUUUCAUUUCCAAACUAAAGGAUUUACCGAAAAGUCAUCAGGCACCCCUCAACAAAAACACUCUUAUGCUAAAUGGUUUAAAUAAUGUCCAAAUGUUCUUACUGUCAGUCAUUUAAGUUGGUGUAUAAUUUUGUAACUCGUUGAAAAGUUAAAAUUAUCUCGCCUGUCUGCUCUGCGGUGUUUUCAGAAUAUUUGCCCUUUUGCAGUGUGAAGCACAAUAUCCUGACCCAGUGUAGCAGUUGAUUAAGAUUUAUAUACAACAUAUUUUACCAGUCAUGUCCCAUGCAAAGGAUAGCCUGGAGGGUUUCCUGUUAUAUUAACCAAAAACGUCCAAACAAGAUACAAUAGCCAUUUUAACCAUCAUUUUAUUAACUGCAGUUUUUUUCUUUAUAUCCAGUCACUCUAAUAGUGAUAGUUUUCCAUUUUAUUUAUAUAGUACCUUUUUCAAGCUAAGGUAUGCUUACAAAGCAAGUCAACAUGUUGGAACACCAACUGUAAAAAUAUGUCACACUUGUAGCAUAAUGAAUAUUCUGAUGUGCAACAGAAAAAAAAGCAGGCUGUAGCUAUAGGCCAUAGAAAACUAAAACAGGAAAACAAACUGGUACCUGAAGAGUUUGGGUGCCAUAGCACUGAAAGCUUGGCAGACACUUAGAACUUAUAGCAAUGCUCCUGUAAAGGGAACAGGCCAGGGUGUGAAGCCAGAGUAGCUCAGCCAGACAGUGGGGCAAUGGAUGCAGUAAAUAUGAAUGCAUCAUGUGGUGUGUUUGAGAAUUCUCGUGCAGUGGGGUUGACCAGUAUAAAGGGGGAUCACAGUUUCUGCAUCCCCUAUAUUAAGUAGGGGAUGAAAGUCUUCAAAAUCUAAAAGAUAUUUCAUAAAAAUCUGUACCAAGUGUUCUUUUCUGUUUAACAUGUAGUGUAGGUUGAUGUAAAUGUUAAGGCAUAUGAGUUAUAUGAUGAAAGCCUCAUAACUGCCUGUGUUGCAUUGUAAAGGAGAGGCUAGACUAAACUAUUUUAGUAGGUGUUCUCCAUUGAAAUUCAUUGCAGUACAAGACAGCACAGGAAAAUAAGCCUGUCCUUCCUCCACCCAUUUUCACUUAUACAUAUUGUAGGAGUUGCUUUGUGAAUUACAGUAUAAGCUUUCCGUGUGAACCAAAUGUUUCUCUGUGGUACUUGCAGAUUAAUUCCCACACAAGCAGCAAAGCUCUGCUAAAUUCAGAAGUACUGUUAUCCAUUACCUAAGAGGUAGUGUGUGUUCUCCAGCAAUAGGAUGGAGAGUUUGAGCCUGCAGGCUGUGGCUCUGAGUGAUGGCUCCACAGCCUACAUCCAGCAGGCUAUUAAUGAUGGUAAUUUGGUUGAAGGAGACACCAUCCAGUUGGAGGAUGGGACAACAGCAUACAUCCAGCAGGUCACAGUACAGCCGAAAGACAGUCUGCCAUUCGAAGAUGGUCAGGCAGUCCAGCUCGAGGACGGUACCACAGCCUAUAUCCACCGCAUGCCUAAAGUAGAUGGCUAUGACCCCAGUGCAGUGGAGGCCGUGCAGCUGGAAGAUGGCAGCACUGUGUACAUCCACCACCCAUCGACUUUGCAGACAGGAGGUGCUAUCCUUACCGUGCAGACAGGGGGAGCACUAGACGAUCUCGCAGCAGAGGCUGAUAUGAUCAGCACCCUGGAGAGCUACGCUUCUCAGGUCUCAGGGGUAGAGGUGAAUGGGAGCAGUGGAAGGGUUAAUGGAGUGGAACAGACUGCUGUGCAGCUAAUGUUCGAAGGGAAGGCAUGGCGUACAAAUAAAAGUCAGCAGGGCGACAAAACCUUCCAGUGCAGCUACGAAGGCUGCAGGCGCCUCUACACUACUGCACAUCAUCUGAAGGUACACGAGCGCUCGCACACAGGUGACCGGCCAUACAGGUGUGAGGUAGCGUCGUGCACAAAGGCGUUUGCAACAGGCUACGGCCUCAAGAGUCACCUGCGCACACACACAGGAGAGAAACCUUACAAGUGCCCUGAAGAUAUGUGCUAUAAAGCCUUUAAAACGUCUGGAGACCUGCAGAAACACCUGCGUACACACACAGGUGAAAAGCCGUUUAAGUGCCCGUUUGAGGGCUGUGGACGCUCCUUCACCACCUCCAACAUCCGGAAGGUGCACAUGCGCACACACACUGGUGAACGGCCCUACCUGUGUCCGGAGCCUUCCUGUGGCCGUGGCUUUGCUAGUGCCACCAACUACAAAAACCACAUGAGAAUCCACACAGGUGAGAAGCCGUACUUGUGUACGGUACCUGGCUGUGGGAAACGUUUUACGGAGUACUCCAGUCUUUAUAAGCACCAUGUGGUGCACACGCACUGUAAGCCCUACAGCUGUAACCACUGUGGUAAGACGUACAGACAGACGUCCACACUGGCCAUGCACAAACGCACUGUGCACGAAGAUUAUGAGCCCACUGAAGCAAACAUAGAGUCUUUGGAAUCGUCACAUAAGAAAAACACAUUUUUAGAGGGGACAGAACAGAAAGAGGAGUCUCAAGUUUCCAUUGAGCCUGAGGACAUCAUUGGCACCCAGGUGAAUCUGUCAGAUCUGCAGGCUUUGGGCACUGGCAUCACCAUGGUAACACAGGAUGGAACCACCAUCACUGUCCCUGCCCACCACAGUGUCAUAAGUGAGAAACAGCAACACGUUGGCAUGGUUACGCAAGAUGGCAAAGAACUGCAGCAGGUUGCCAUAGUAACGUCCACUGCAAUUAUGCCUGGUGGUUUCAAUGUGUCGUCUUCUCAGUGUCAGCAGGUGGCACUGUUGGCAACAGCAAAUGGCACACAGAUAGCAGUGCAGCUGGAGGAGCAGCAGACUCUGGAAGAGGCCAUUGGCAUGGCUACCACUGACAUCCAGCAGGGAGGACUGACCCAGGAUCAGUCAGAGCCCUGACCACAUACCACGAAGAUUCAACAGCACCCACAGAAGCACUGAUUUACGAUCAGCAGUAGUCCAGCAGACCUGCCAAGUUCUAAGACUGCUGCUGCAGUUUGUGCAGGACUGAUAUCAGUGCUCAGACUGCAGUGGCAGGACAGUGAGUGUCUCUCUCAGCUCCCUAAUUCUAACGCUAUAUGGAAGGAUCAUCUAUUUUUUUCCCAAGGGAUUUUCAGUCUGAAGGAGCUGCCGUGUGUGUUAGAACACUAUGUACCAAGAGGCCUAUGGAUGAGUUUCCCAGUCAAUUCCCACAUUACAGUGAAGACAGGCCUUCAACACCCACUGAGCUAAUAUAGGUGAACUUUUCAAGUCUCUUGUGUUAAUAAUAUGUACAUUUGGUAAUAAAUAAACUUUGCUUAUCCCGUG